GCUUCUGAUCUGAUCCUGUCGCACGGGAUGAGACCCGAAUUAUGGUUUGAAAUUGGUUCGGCGUUGGCGUCGUCGCUAGCAGCAGCAGUAGUAGUAGUUGCAUUGGUUAUAAUAGCGUUGGUCUCGACAUUUCGCCUCAUACGCGUUUCGGCCUCUGCCUUGUCAACAGCGUACGGAGAGCCCGGUGCAUUGUGGGUAAUGUUUAGAUCAUGACGCAAGCGCACAUCAGUGCACAGUCGGGUCUCGGAAAAUGGCGUCAGUUAAGUUUCUCGAGGAAGCUCUCAGUACAGAUGUUGAUGAAUCUGCUGUAAGUGCAAUCGUCGGGUCGUUGGAGAACCAGCUCGUAACUUCCGCCCCUGCCGCCCCCAAUCAGGCCGGCAAUGCGACGGUCCUCAACCAAAACCACAUAAAUAGUGCAAUAUCAAACGGCGGGACAAUUCCCUCUCAGAAACAUGGGGCCAUAGCUAACGGUGACACGAUAAAUAGUAUCACAGGUGUAACGACGGCGCAGGUAGCCACAGGAACAUUGAACAACGCAACUUACAAUACGACAGUCAACAAUUCAGAUGGCAAUAAGUCUACGGAGCCGGUUAACAUUGUCUAUUCCCAGGGAAGCCAAGCGAUGACAAGCACAGGCACAAUCAUCUCGAAUCGUGUCUCGUUCCCUGCUGCACAGAACGUCCAGAAUGGGACGAUCGGUCUGUCGCAGCUCGCGCCACAGACCGUCCUCCAGACGUCGUCCACGUCGAACGUACAGACGAUACAGGCUAAGCAGCCCACCCUUGUGAUAAAGACUAGUGCUGCUGGUGGUAGUGCACAGGGUUUAGUUACAGUGCCCAUGAAUGUGACAACAAAUGUGUCGCAGGUCAAUAAUGUAGGUAGCACAACCACACAACCCCCCAAUAUCCUGUCCAAUCUCCAGGUACUUAAUGUGCGCCCCGGGGUCCCCGCACAACCACAGAAAGGCCAACCGGCACGGGUUGUGCUCAGUGCACCACAGUUAGUUGGGGCCAGGCCUGGAACACCCCAAUUAACAUUACAAAGUUUGCAAGGAUUGCAACCUGGACAGCAAGGACACUUACUGUUAAAGACUGAAAAUGGUCAAUACCAAUUGCUACGAGUCGGACCUGCUCCCACAGGUGGAGUCAGCAUUGCUGGGACUACUGGUGGUCAACCAGUUUCGUUUCGAAUGCAAACAGUACCUGCUCAAUCGGCGGCGGCAGCGGCGGCGGCAACGACAACACCCGCAACGAUUUCAACAACAGGUGCCACACAACAAGUUACUGCGGCGGCACCAACUGUUGUUAAUACAACACCAGUUCAGAGACCGGCUAAUGAUAAUACCAAAGAAAAGUGUCGCAAGUUCCUAGCUAAUUUACUGGAGUUGUCCAGUCGAGAGCCGAAAUCUGUCGAGAAGAAUGUGCGGAUGUUAAUUCAGGAUUUGAUCGACGCGAAAGUGGAGCCCGAGGAUUUCUGCGACCGACUAGAAAGACUGCUCAACGCAUCCCCACAACCGUGCCUAAUUGGAUUUCUAAAAAAAAGUCUGCCGUUAUUGCGACAGUCUUUAGCCACAAAAGAAUUAACCAUAGAAGGAAUCCGUCCUCCACCCACAAAUGUGGUUUACUCGCUAGCUAGUGGAACGCCGACGAUCCAGACGCAAGUCAGGCCUGCCUUAGCCGCGUCCCAGGUGAGGUUGGUAGCACCCGGCACGACGGUCGUGAGACCAGGUCUGGUUCAGCAGAGGGUCGUGACUCCUCUCAGGGGUGCAAUCCAGCAAACGAGAAUGUUGACGACGAUACGACAACCGAAUGCGAAUCAACAAGUAAUAGUGUCGAGCUCACAACCACCUGCCUUACAUCCCGUAUUCCCUAGUAACCAAGUAAUGAGAACUGCCUCCGGAUUGAACAUUGUCCGGCAGCCGAUACAGGUGAAGGCCGGUACUCUGACUCAGACGAGGCCGCAGAUGCAAAUCCGCACCACCUAUCCAGUGGUCACGAAAAACUUGGUAACGAACAUUAAGAUGACCGGAACGAAACCCGUAGUGCCUUCGAAUAUUUCUAAAUUAGCAACCAAAGACAAAGAGAAGAAAACAUUUUCCUCUGCGUACACUGGCGACGACGAUAUUAACGAUGUGGCCGCUAUGGGCGGAGUUAACUUGGCCGAGGAAACGCAACGGAUUUUGGGUUCGACGGAAUUUGUCGGUACACAAAUCCGGUCUUGCAAGGAAGAGUUCUUUUUAAACAUGAAUGCGCUUCAGCAUAGGAUACGGUUGGCCGUUGCCAAACACGGCCUCGACGAGCCCAGCAACGAAGUCGCCGCCGUCAUCUCGCAUGCAGCGCAGGAACGUGUUAAGAACCUUGUCGAAAAAUUGGCAAUCAUUACUGAGCAUCGAUUGGAAAUGGUUAAAAGUGAUCCUCGGUAUGAAGUCACCUCAGAUAUCAAAGGUCAGUUGAAAUUUUUGGAAGAAUUGGACCGAGCGGAGAGAAAACGUCACGAAGAGAUGGAGAGAGAGAUGCUUUUGAGGGCAGCGAAGAGCCGUUCGAAAACUGAGGAUCCUGAACAAGCAAAACUGAAAGCAAAGGCGAAGGAAAUGCAGAGAGUGGAAAUGGAGGAAUUGCGCCAGCGAGAAGCUAAUGCCACUGCCCUGCAAGCCAUAGGUCCCAGGAAAAAACCAAGAUUAGAUGGAGAUGCCGGAGUCGGUACUUCUCAGGCAAAUACUGUUUUCAAUAGCGGUGCUAGAGGUCAGUUGCCAUUAAAACAGCGUAUGAAGAAGGUAACACUUAGGGACUUGCAGUUCUUGUUUGAAACUGAGAAGGAUCUGUGUAAAAGUACGCUGUUAUAUAAGUCAUAUCUUAAGUGAUGUACGGUUCUCAUCAAUGUUGUGAUAUUCGGACAAUUCAGACGAUACAUUGUUUUAAAAAAAUCGCGUAAAAAAAUAUAACAAAAAAAAAAAUGAAAAUAAUAAUAAGGAAAAGCAGAGAAGGACGAUAGACGGAGCGAGAGUAAAAAAUUGUGUUCUAUAUUAUAUUAUAAAUAAAUUAUUCUACUUUUUAAAAAACAAUAACAUCUGAAUAAAAGCGGAAUAUACGGUUA